CUUGGCUCCCCGCGCAGCUCUUGAUCCCUACCUCCUCCGCGGCCUCAGUUUCGCUCGCCUCUGAGCAGGCCGCAGUUCCCUGAUUUGUGAUUCCUGGGCUCAAAGCUCUGCGGCUACUGCGUUUCUGGGUGUCGCUGCUCCUGAGAGAUGACGCUCAAGUCGAGCGAAGGCGAGGGAGGGAACAGCAUGCGCACCGCACUCUCGGACCUCUACCUGGAGCACUUACUACAGAAGCGCAACCGACCUGAGACUUCAUUGAACCAGUCAAAUGUUGCCACUGAGGACAUGUACACCAAUGGGUCCACUGCUCCAGGUAGCCCUGCCCAUGCCAAAGGGCAGGAGGCACGGAGAGUUCGUCUCAUACAAUUUGAGAAGAUCACAGAAGAGCCCAUGGGAAUUACUUUGAAGCUGAAUGAAAAACAGUCAUGUACUGUGGCCAGAAUUCUCCAUGGUGGCAUGAUUCAUAGACAAGGCUCACUUCAUGUUGGAGAUGAGAUCCUAGAAAUCAAUGGCACAAAUGUGACUAAUCACUCAGUAGAUCAGCUGCAGAAGGCAAUGAAGGAAACCAAAGGAAUGAUCUCAUUAAAAGUAAUUCCUAAUCAGCAGAGUCGCCUUCCUGCACUACAGAUGUUCAUGAGAGCACAGUUUGACUAUGAUCCUCAAAAGGACAAUCUUAUCCCUUGCAAGGAGGCAGGACUGAAGUUUAUUACUGGAGACAUUAUCCAGAUAAUCAACAAAGAUGAUAGCAAUUGGUGGCAGGGGCGAGUGGAGGGCUCCUCCAAAGAGUCUGCAGGAUUGAUCCCUUCUCCUGAGCUACAGGAAUGGAGAGUGGCAAGUGUGGCUCAAUCUGCUCCAAGUGAAGCUCCAAGUUGCAGUCCCUUUGGGAAGAAGAAGAAGUAUAAAGACAAGUACCUGGCUAAGCACAGUUCCAUUUUUGACCAGUUGGAUGUUGUUUCCUAUGAGGAAGUUGUUCGGCUCCCUGCAUUCAAAAGGAAGACCCUGGUGUUGAUCGGAGCCAGUGGAGUGGGUCGUAGCCACAUUAAGAAUGCUCUGCUCAGUCAGAAUCCAGAGAAGUUUGUAUACCCUGCCCCAUAUACAACACGGCCACCAAAGAAGAGUGAAGAAGAUGGGAAGGAGUAUCACUUCAUCUCAACAGAGGAGAUGACAAAGAACAUCUCUGCCAAUGAGUUCUUGGAGUUUGGCAGCUAUCAGGGCAACAUGUUUGGCACCAAAUUUGAAACAGUGCACCAGAUUCAUAAGCAGGACAAGAUUGCCAUCCUUGACAUUGAGCCCCAGACCCUGAAGACUGUUCGGACAGCUGAGCUUUCGCCUUUCAUUGUGUUCAUUGCACCUACUGACCAGGGCACUCAGACUGAAGCCCUGCAGCAGCUGCAGAAGGACUCUGAGGCCAUCCGUAGUCAGUAUGCUCAUUACUUUGACCUCUCUUUGGUGAAUAACAGUGUUGAUGAAACUCUUAAGAAAUUGCAAGAAGCCUUUGACAAGGCUUGCAGUUCUCCACAGUGGGUGCCUGUCUCCUGGGUUUACUAAGCUUACAAAAUUGGCAGCCCCUCCAAAGCAUUUAGAAUGCCAUCACCUUUGCUUAAGCCAAAAGGGUUACUUCCCCCUCCUGCAGCCUGAGCUCCUUCGCUUUCAACUAUAGAAUGUCUUUUUACUCUGAAAUAAGUAUCUUCUGAAACUUUCAAACAACUGUGCAAUAGAAUGUAUGCUGUAAGGAAACCUUCCAAAGCAAUAAAAAUGCUGCUGUGACUUGGCAACUCCAUUCCCA